UGAAUUGUUUGUUAUCGAGAUCGUUUCGUGAAACGUGCCUCAAUUGAAAUAAUGCUCAGAAACUGGAAAAUUGAGUAGUGAAAUUGUUCCGUUCCCCACGCCCACCAAAGCUACACACAUAUAUAUACAAUCAAGAGAACACAUGCUGGAAUUGUGAUCAUGGAAGCGAACACUCUGAAUAGAGCUAACCCCACCGGCAGCAGCAGCGACAGCAGCAGCAGCAACUGGUGCUGCAUCAUGGACAAACUGCCCAAGGCAGCGGUGGCCAUAGGGGACGGGCCGGCGCCCACCCAGCCAACGAAGCUGUUCGAAUGGCUGUGCGCCAAGAAUCUGCCGCAGCUGGAGGAUGAAACGCCGCCGAUUGGCUUCUAUGAGGUGCUGGAGCAUGCGGAGAUCGCAUUCCAUUGCACGCGCUGCGACAAGCUGAUGAUCAGCCUGGAUGCACAGUUGCUGCAACGGAGCAUCGGUACCCAGACACAGAUACGUGCCCAAUUGCAGGCCGAAACACAGACGCUGCGGUCACAGCUAGCGCAGGGGCAACAUGCACAGACCCAGACCCAGACCCAGACCCACAAACAGAUUCAGGGGCAGGCCGACAGCGAGACACAGACACAGACGCAGACACAGAAACAAACGCAGACGCAGACGCAGGCUCCCAACCAGGAGACGCUAUUGUUGCCAGUGCAGCUGGUGGGCAGCGCCAGUGUGCCGCAGCAGCGAUCCCUGCUCGACGCAUUCCAGGAUGUGUGGCAGCUGCGGCUGCGCGGACGCUCGCUGUGGUCGCUGCUAAAGACGCUUCUGGUGCUCAUCUCGCUGCUGCACGGCUGUUAUGUGCUGGGCGGCAGCCUGCAGCGGUUGCCCGUAUUGCGGCGCCUGAUCCUGACGGCGCAGGCGAUAUGCCAGCCGGCGCCGCCGCCGCCGCCCCAGCCGCGCACCCUGCCCGCCUUCAUUUGGAGCCAGCUGUGCCGUUUGGCCCGUAAGCUGCACAUCGUUUGACCGCGCUGCGCUCCUGUACUUCUGCGCUCCGCUCAGCGGGACGCAUCGGCAGAUCGUCUAUUUGACUAGUUGCCUGCGUCUGCUCUUUUUUACUACUACUCCUCCUCCUGGCCCAACGCCUACUGCUGCUCCUCAUUCCUCUUCAACUACGUUUAUUUUGUGCUAUUUAUAAGCUCCACUUGCUCGGACCCGGACCCGGCUUACCGGGCCGCUUGCGAUUUAGCGUCGACAUAGGUAAAGCCAUUUGUUUGAUGUGUUCCUGUUGCCACAGUUGGUAUUUCUGUGUGUUGUUCCAGACAAAAGACAACAAUAAUAACCGAGACCUAGAUUACACCCAGCCGAAAAAAACAAAAAAAAAAAGUAUCUGAAUUUAGAAAUUUUCAUUGUGUAGCCGGGGACGGCGGCGAUAACGACUUGGACGGCAACUCAAAUUUAAGGUCAAUACUUGUAGCAUCAACCAA